AUGGACAGCUUCGAGAAGCAGGGGCUGAACGAGGACGACUUUGGCGCAAAGGGCAGCAUCGUCAGCGCCUUUGAUGCAUUCCCCAAGGCGAAGCCUCAGUAUGUGACAAAGACAGCGGGCGGCGGCAAAUGGACCGUCGCCAUGCUCCUCAUCUCCAGCAUCUUCCUGUGGUCCGAGAUUGCCCGCUGGUGGCGCGGCACCGAGCACCACACGUUUGCCGUCGAAAAGGGCAUCGGGCACGACAUGCAGAUCAACCUCGACGUCGUGGUCAAGAUGAACUGCGCCGACUUGCACGUCAACGUGCAGGACGCGUCGGGCGAUAGGAUCCUCGCCGGCGACAAGCUGACCCGCGACGCCACGUCCUGGGAGCAGUGGGUGGACGCAAAGGGCGUGCACCGCCUCGGCAAGAACGAGAACGGCAAGCUGGACACGGGCGCGGGCUGGCACGGUUCGCACGACGAGGGCUUCGGCGAGGAGCACGUUCACGACAUCGUGUCCCUCAGUCGCAAAAAGGCCAAGUGGGCCAAGACGCCGAAGCCGAGGGGCAGGCCGGACAGCUGCCGCAUGUACGGCAGCCUGGACCUGAACAAGGUGCAGGGCGAUUUCCACAUCACGGCCCGAGGCCACGGCUACAGCGGGAUUGGCGAUCACUUGGACCAUGACAAAUUCAACUUUUCUCACAUCAUCUCGGAAUUGUCGUACGGCCCCUUCUACCCGUCGCUGAUCAACCCCCUCGACCGCACCGUCAACACGGCCAUUGUCCACUUCCACAAGUUCCAGUACUACCUCUCCGUCGUCCCCACCGUCUACACGACCAGCAACCGCUUUGUCAACACCAACCAGUACGCCGUCACGGAGCAGAGCAAGACCAUCUCGGACCACCAGGUGCCGGGCAUCUUCUUCAAGUACGACAUCGAGCCCAUCAUGCUGGUCGUGGAUGAGAGGCGCCAAGGCUUCUUCGCCUUUCUGCUCAAGCUCGUCAACGUCUUCAGCGGCGUCAUGGUGGCGGGCCACUGGGGGUUCACGCUGAGCGAUUGGGUGCGCGAGGUCAUUGGCAAGAGGCGGCGGAGCAACGGCGGCGUGGGCGUCCUGGGCAACAAGCACGAGUAUGAUGAUUAG